CCAUUGCAUGACAAUGGCUGAAGCAGGACUAAGAGUCCGUCCAAACCUGAGUAGGUUCACCGUGGCCACCAUUAUCAGGGCAUUCAGACAACACAACAGGUAUUGUACUCUAUUGCUUUCUUUGUCACAAUACAAUUUUACAAGCCUGUGAAAGUAGUCUAUUAGUUUCAAAUCAGUUGUUACUGUAUUGUAAAACAUGUCAAUUGACAACACGUUUCUUUCUUUAGAGUUGAAAGAAUGCCACAUAGAGGUGGAAGGGUUGCCAUAUUUACAGCGGCACAAGAAACCCUCAUUGUGGAUAUGGUUCGUGAGAACAACCUCAUCAGACUCCGGGAGAUCAGAGACAAAGUCAUUGCCGAUAAUGUGAACUUUGAGGGCAUUGAUGAUGUCAGCUUGGCCACAAUAGACCGAGUUCUCCGGCGCCAAAAGAUGCGGAUGAAACAAGUCUAUAGGGUUCCCUUUGAGCGAAACUCUGCACGACACAAAGACCUACGUUACGAGUAUGUGCAAAGGAUAUUACAGUUGGACGCGAUGGCCAGACCUCAUGAGUACCUCUUCCUGGAUGAGGCUGGCUUCAACCUGCAGAAACGAAGGCAAAGAGGCCGUAACAUCAUUGGCCAAAGAGCUAUCACUGAGGUUCCUGGCCAAUGGGGGGGGUAAUAUUACUCUUUGUGCGGCCAUGGGUUUGGAGGGGCUUGUCCACCGGCAGGCUGUCCUUGGGUCUUACAACACCCAACGUCUCCUAACCUUCCUAGAGGAGCUAAAAGAUAUCCUCCUGGACCGCCAAAAACACCAUCCUGGGCCCGAACAUCCCAUUUAUGUGAUCAUUUGGGACAAUGUACGCUUCCACAGAACAAACCAAAUCAGAGAGUGGUUCACCACCAACAGUAACCACUUUUUAAACGUCUGUCUGCCACCCUACUCCCCUUUCCUGAACCCUAUAGAGGAGUUCUUCUCAUCGUGGAGAUGGAAGGUUUAUGACAGACAACCAUACACUAGAGAGAACCUCCUAAGGGCAAUGGAGCUGGCGUGUGUUGACAUCCCAGUGGAGAACUUCCAAGGAUGGAUCCGCCAUUCCAGGGCAUUUUUCCCGCGGUGCCUGGCAAGAGACAAUAUAGCCUGCGAUGUGGAUGAGGUGAC